UCCAUCAACUAGUGUAUAUAUUAGUUCCAUCUCCAAAAAACUUAUUGAAAAACACAUAGUGAGAGCGAUGGCGCAGAGCAAGGACGACAUUAAAUACGGCACAGCUCAGGCCAAAGUAUCGCCGGACGAAUCUCUUAGAGUUGCCUACGUCGGAGGCACGCCCCUCGAGUCCGGGAAAAUCGCCGAUUCUGAAAUCGUCGACCUUUUUCCCGGCGCUCGUAAAAUACAAGACCAGGAGCGUCUCGAUUCUCGAUCCACUUCUCAGACAACACAAGGACAAGGUGGAGUGCCGAGGCAAGCUGAGAAUCGCUCUUAGAUUAUUAAAUGUUUUGAUGAAAUCUAUAUGAGUAAUAAAUACUACUAUAUAGUUAGUUGUUACACUUAAUAAUAUGUACAAUUAGAUGUUGCACUACUUUAUAGUGCCUAAAAUGGUUCGGUUUAGCUACUUUGUUUCAUGCUACAAUUUGAUUUGAUAUAUGCAUCAAGUUUUAGUGAC